GUUAACAGUGUAUGGUUAUACGAGACUAUUGCUAAUACGUUCGCCACAAGGAGAUGUACCGAACAAUAUUCAGUGUGACAAAUUUCAGAAUUAGCCACUGGUUAAUUUGAUAAAUUUACAUACCAGUUUAGAUUUUAUUUAUAGCAAUGAGUUGUGAGGAAUUGAGAGAACAGUUAAAAGAAGCUGUCAAUAAAAAUGAUACAGUUGCAGUAGAAAGAAUUAUACAGGAGCAUGUAGAAUUAGGAGACGACUGUGAUAUACCUCCUUGCAUAUGGGUAAAGGUCUGUGAAGUUGCUCUUAAAAACAGAUGCCUACCUAUGGUGAAAUUGUUGCUGUCCUCAAAGAGUAUUGCUGACCACUUUGUAGAUAUUGAGACCAAUAUACAACUGAUGAAGACUGCAAUAAAAUCUGAUUUCGCGGAGGGCAUUAAGUUCCUUCACUUUAAAGGAGUACCUCUUUAUCUUUCUGCUUCAAUAUCACAUUACAGUUGGCAUGCCAUCAUUGAAUGUGUCCAGAACAAUAAGAUCGAGGUGUUAACAUAUCUACUUGAUAUAACAGAUCUAGAUAAAAACCCCGACAAAGACGAGACCUUAUUAAUGUUAUGUUGCCGACAAUUACACGUGGAAAGUUUGGAGAUUUUGUUGAAGAGUGAACUAAAAAAUACAAUUAAUCAACAGACAGGCGAUCGUCAAUAUUCGGCUCUACACUAUUGUAUUGGUCCCUGGCGGAAGAAGGAAGUUCUUGAUUGUGUACAAUUAUUGGUGGAGGCAGGGGCGGAUGUCAAUCUAUGGGAUAUUGAUUGGGAAACCCCAAUCCAAAAAGCUGCUGAACGUGGUAUGGUGGCAGUGGUAAUAUUUUUGGCAAAAAGAGGAGCAAACCUUGAUAUUAGAAACAAUAAAGGUACCCUUAUUCAUUGUCUUGCAGCAGAGGCUAACGAAAUGUCAGGCUAUUAUGAUGAAUGUGUUCAAUUAUUAAUAACCAAAGGUAUAGACAUUAACGAACUGAACUCAUUCAAUGAAACUCCACUGCAUUUAGCAGUAUGUGAAGGUAAUGAAGAGAUGGUGAAGACAUUAAUUAAAUCACACUGUGAUGUCAAUAUCAAAGCAGGUAACAACAUGGGAUCUGUAUUAUUGGCGCCAAUAGGACGACACAGAGAUACUAUUACUCAAAUACUGAUUAAUGCUGGAUGUGAUGUUAACAUCGCUGAUAAAUACGGUGUGACACCUUUACUGGAGUCAGUACAAUGGUAUCAGACGACUAUCACUGAGAUACUGAUUAAAGCUGGGUGUGAUGUUAACAUCCCUGAUAUAAACGGUGUAACACCUUUACUGGCGUCAGUUACAGUACAAGAUGCGACUAUGAAUCAAAUACUGAUUCAAUUUGGGUGUAAUGUUUACAACGCUGAUAAAGACGGCGUUGCACCUUUAGUGGAGGCUAUAAGAAAACAAGAUGCGACUAUGGCUCAAGCACCGAUUAAAGCUGGGUGUGAUGUUAGCCCCGCUGACAAAAACGGCGUUAUAUCUUUACUGGAGUCAGUAAAAAGACGGAAGACGACUGCUGCUGAAAUGCUAAUUAAAGCUGGAUGUGAUGUUAACAGCACUGAUAAAGACGGCGCUACAGCUUUAAUGCAAUGCGUGCAGGCGAGUAAUGUUGUUUUAGUGAAACAACUUAUUGACCACGGUGCAUCUGUCAACGCUAAAGAUAACAAAGGAUGUUUUGUAUUGGACUAUUUAUUUCUUGCUUACCACCAUACGAACGAUCAGUCUACUUCAGCAGAUAUUGUUAAGAUGAUGAUAGAGGCUGGGGCUGAUAUUCAUAAAUGUAAUAAUCUGUUGUGUAGAGCAAUCACUGGUGAACAUUAUAAAAUGGCGCUAUUGCUUAUUGAACACGGCAUCGAUAUCAAUACGGUAGACGAAAAUGGAGAUAAACCCCUCGCUCGUUCAGCUGAAAAGGGCGAACUAGAAUUGAUGAAAAUAUUAGCAUCACAUGAUUGUGAUAUAAAUCACCAGAAUCUAAAGGGAGAAACGGCGUUGCACAAAGUUCCACAAAUUUCGAGACAUUUCGCUAAUUUUCAAAAUAUGUCGGGAUAUUCUGCUAAUUAUCAAGACAAGACGAAGGUAAUAAAUACAUUACUACAGAAUGGGAUGAACGUCAAUCUUAGUGACGUCGAUGGACAAACGGCCUUGUUCAUAGCAGUAGGUAAUGGAGACGCAUCUAUUACUGUCCAAUUAUUGAAGGCGGGUGCCGAUGUAAACCAUUGCAAUACGAGAGGGGAAACUCCAAUGAUGUUUGCAUUGAUCAACACAUGUAGUUUAUAUAAGAAAGUUAUGGUAGAUGUUUUACUAAAGGCUGGUGCUGAACUGAAACCCAGAGAUAGAUUGGGUAGAAAUGCGAUAUUCCUCGCAACACUCUUGGAUGGUUCACAGGAGUUAGAUAUUUUACUUAAAUAUUCAAACUUGAGAGGUGAAGCAGAGAGUAUCGUUAAUGCCACAGAUAAAGAUGGUAAGACAUCGUUGAUGGUGGCAGCAGAAAGAGGACCUAAAGAUAUGGUAGAGAAACUACUAAGAGUUGGCUGUAAUAUCAACCUACAAGACCAUCGUGGUAAGACGGCGUUGAUGUAUGCUGUAGACAACCAGGAUGAAACUAUUUUAUCACUUCUACUACAGAAUGGUGCAGACUAUAAUAUUUGUGAUAACAAUGGCCAAACAGCGUUGAUGGUGGCAGUUGAGAACCACAAAAAAAUUCAUUGUGAAUAUUUGCUGAAGGCUGGGGCGGAUGUUAAUUUGCGUGAUAACAAUGGAAAGACGGUUUUAAUGGCAGCAGCACGAAUCUGUAAUAGAUCUAUUUUAGAAUGUUUACUAAACGCUGGAGCUGAUGUUGAUGAAACUGAUAUAGAUGGAAGAUCAGCUAUACAUUAUAUAAUGGUUGGUGAUAGUUAUUGUCAUUAUCCUAUAAUGGUUGGCGGUGAUAUGGAUCGGAAAUGGAUCAACUGUCUAAAAUUACUUUUAAUAAAUAAAUGUCACAUGUCGCUAGAUAUUCCAGGAAAAAACAGAAAAACUUUAUUUCAAUGGUUACUGAAAAAACACGAAGAAGAUCUUAUAUGGUAUCUCGUAACGGAAAAUUGUUCUCUCAGAGAUUUGGAUCUUUCAAAGGUCAAAGAUAAAUUUCAAUUUCCCGAUAUGUUGAUACUUUCUAAAAUUCUGUUUGAAAGUGGUGCACCGAAGAGUGAAAUAGAGAAAAUGAUUUCGAUGUCGGUAUUAAAUACUCGUUUGUCGCUUUCCACUUAUAACCCUGUGUUGCCGGUUAUAAAUAGUGGUUUGUCGCUUUUCACAUAUGGUCCUAUGCAUUCAGAAACUGAAAAUAAACAUCCGCUUGAUGAAUUCCGUGAGUUUUGUAAAUCAAGAAGUUUGAUGUCAAGAUGUAGAAGAGAAAUCAGAAAGUGUAUCGGACCAGGAAUCAGCAGUAAAAUUGAUUUACCACAAUGUAUAGAAGAUUAUGUCGUCAUGAAAGACUUGAUACCUAAGAAAUACUUUACUCUUGUAAUAAACGAUAAAGAUGAUGAGGAAGACGAUCAUUAUGAUCAUUAUGUUGAAGACGAUCAUUAUGGUCAUUAUGAUGAAGACGAUCAUUAAAGCUGAUCUGACCGAAGUUUUUAUAAACAUAAGUGUGUUUUUUUUUCUUUUGGUGGAUGUUAUUUUAAAUUGGUAUAUUUCCAUUUGAAUGAGCCUUAUUUUGUCAACUGUGUCAACUAACUGGACAAACAAAGUAAGCCGUGUACUGAGAUGGAUUUUACUUGUCAUUUAGUUGCCCCCCAUCACGUGUCCAGGUGAUGUUCUAAGAUAGAUUUAAUUGUCAUUUCGUUGCAUCUGCCGGAAAUAUGGAUUCUAAGACCAUAAAUAUGGCCUUAUCUUAUAUAAAAUUCGUUUUCACAUUUAAAUUUUCACAAUAAA